AUGGGCCUCAAAAUAACGCGCUCCCAGCGCUUGUCUGCAGUCAUCGGGAUUUCCUCGAUUUUCUUCGUGGCUGAGAUUUCCAUUGGUUUUUACACGCAUUCCUUGGCCUUGGUCGCCGAUGCCUUCCAUUAUUUGAACGACUUGAUCGGUUUCGUGGUAGCCUUGGUUGCUCUCAGGGUGUCCGAGACGGACGAUGCGCCCAAAUCCUUAUCCUUCGGAUGGCAACGAGCCCAGCUACUAGGCGCUUUCUUCAAUGGCGCACUCCUUUUCGCCCUGGGUAUCAGCGUUUUCUUACAAUCGAUCGAACGCUUUAUCUCGUUGCAGUAUGUGGAGAAUCCAAAGCUUAUGUUCAUCAUGGGUGCCGUGGGCUUGGGUCUGAAUCUGAUCAGUGCUGUGUUCCUCCAUGGCAUGCUGGGGAUCUUACUUCAUGUGGUCAGCGAUGCGGCCAAUAACCUAGGUGUCAUGACUGCGGCCUUGGUGAUCUGGCUGACUCAUUACGAGGGCCGGUACUAUGCUGAUCCCGGCACGAGUAUGGGGAUUGCGAUGAUGAUCAUCCUGACUUCACUUCCUCUCGUGCGACGCUCUGGUCUGAUUCUGUUGGAGAGUGCUCCGAACGAUGUUGAUCCGGCGGACGUGAAACAUGAUCUUGAAAGGAUUCCUGGCGUCCUCGCCAUCCACGAGCUUCACAUCUGGCGCCUGAAUCAAAGCAAGACUCUGGCAUCGGUUCACAUCGUGGUAUCCGAUCCGUCCGUGGCAAAUUUUGCGAAGACAACCAAGACUAUCAACGAGUGCUUCCAUGCUUACGGCAUCCAUUCGGCGACCCUUCAACCGGAAACCUCACCCCUAGCGGAGGUCAUCAGUAUGGGGUAUCCACCCGGGGGGAUCACGCAGGAACUACGCGAGAGAUCACUGGAGAAAUGCCAAGUGACAUGCGGGACAUUGUGUGAGGAGUUUACUUGCUGUGGAUAG